UUUCGUUUGCAUCGAACGCAUGUUAUAUUCAAAGACAAACGUACCUAUUCGUUAUAUUCCCCCCUCCCAAAUAAUACAAGGUAGGAGCCCCUAAUAAAGCGAUGGUUACGGUUUUCGGUUCGGACACUCCUUCCCCCGACGCACACAUGUCAUACGGCUAAGCUGCUUGCCACCGAAGAACAUCUGUACCGUCGCUUUCAUUAGAGGUGCGCCGUUCGCGGGAGCACAUCGCGGAUCAUGGGCUGCGCGAUAUCGGGACUGGGUCUAGCGCCGAAGUCGGGGAAAGGAAUGAGGCAGGCAGAGCCCGCAGCCACGCGUCUGAGUCCGCAACAGAUCGACAUGAUCCAGGAGUCCUGGAAAGUUAUCCAGGAAGACAUCGCCAAAGUCGGGAUUAUCAUGUUCGUCAGGUUGUUUGAGACACAUCCCGAAUGCAAAGACGUCUUCUUCCUGUUCCGAGACGUGGAGGACCUGGAACGGUUGCGGACUAGCAAGGAGCUGCGAGCUCACGGACUCCGGGUGAUGUCUUUCAUUGAGAAGUGUGUGGCCAGACUGAACCAGCUGGAUCGCCUGGAGCAGCUCGCCCUGGAACUGGGGAGAACCCAUCACCGCUACAAUGCUCCUCCCAAGUACUACGGGUACGUGGGGGCGGAGUUUAUCUGUGCCGUCCAGCCAAUCCUGAAGGAGAAGUGGACCCCAGAGCUGGAGCAUGCAUGGCAGACUCUCUUCCUGUACGUCACUGGGAUCAUGAAGCGAGGGUACCAGGAGGAGGAGGAGAAUUACAGCACCUCCAGGGGGACCUCCAAGCAAGAGAGACCUCAGAGGAUAAACACAGCCCUUUAGUGGACCUCAGUCACCCCAUCGUCAAUCAACCAUGACUACGCUUCCUGUGUAUAUACUGUAUUCAUUUUUUUUUAUCCAUUUUAUGCGAUGUGUCUUUAAACAGGUGAUUUUAUUUAG